UGGAACUGGUUUAAUGUUACAGUUUAUUUAAUUGUUUACUUAAUUGAAUGGCAGAUGCUACGAUCCAUCUGAAAGAGAACACUAGUGUUGCUUCAACAUUCCUGUUGGGUCUUGCAUACUGUCGAGACAUUGUUUGUUUGUUGUUGGAUUUGAAUGUGAAUGGGCUUUCUGCUGCAAAAUUCAUUGGGUGGAUGCUGGCCAAAAGAUGAGCUCUUUAACGCCCUCCUGUGGAGACACUGGGGGUACUGUGGUUGCAGUUUGGCCUGUUUUUGCUUCGAAUGCCUUGCGAUGCAGGCUCGAUAGGCAAGUCGACCUCUAUUCCUGCGUGUCCAUGCAAAAUGCUCUUAUGUUGUUAUUAAUACUUGUGCAUGCAUUCCCUCACUGACUUCCCUCACUGAAACGACCAAUAGGACACUUUAAAGUGAACAAAACAAUUCUUAUUUCUACCGUUUGAAUGACCUUUAGUUGACACACAGGAAUGUCCCUGCCGAUAGAAUUUUAAAAGGAAAAUCGUUCAAAAUUUUUCGAAAAGGUGAUUUGCACUCGCUGUUUGCACAUCAACAUUGUUCACAGUGUUCCUUAACGUGCACUUAGCGAGCCUCAUAUACAGCAGUGAGACACUGCAGUUAUUUGCUUCGUACAAUAAAUUAUCAGUCGAUCAAGCAAACACGUUCUGAAGAUUUAAAUGCAAAGAAAUAUUUUUGCAAGAUAUCAAUCGUGCAAAAGUGAAUGCAUAGUUAACUGCAUCAGAUAUACUGUUUUCUGUUGUCCAUUUUCUAUAUUCCAUAUCUGCGUAUGAUGACAAUUAGUUUAUAUUUUGUUCCGAAUUAGCCUUACAAAAAUACUACUUUUACAUGUAUUGAGUCUGUAUCCAUUGACUGCUGUUGCUCCCGAAAUCCAAUUGUUUCUGUUGGAAAAGACGUUUGUCUGUUGCUAUUAUGGUUAAUAAUUGCACAUCGUAUUCCUUAAAAUGUAGUGUCCACUGUUAGUUUCAAUUGUGCCACAAACGUAUGAUGUUUAGGCAGAAAAAGAAUCAUAAUAGUAUAAUAUUGUAUUUGUAUACUCUUAGAUUCACGAGUGCUGGUGUGUGAGGGUGUCUGCAGAGUGCACUGCCCUCCUAUUUUCCUGCAGCAGUGGUCCCCUCGCUCCCAGCCCGACAUUGUCUGACACCAGUGCGAACUCACUCCUUUCAUCGCCUUUCUUUUGGUCCUUAUUUAGUUCCUGGGUGUGUCCCUGGCUCGACUCGGUGAAAUCAUUUUCGUGGGAACUUUUUUGCUAUUGGCCAGCCAUAAAUCAGCUGUUGGAGCAUGACUGUUGAGCCAACACACUCUGUAGUUCUUCUCUUAGUGUGGGUCCACUGGAGGUGGGAGCGCGGUAUUCACAUUGUGCCUUCUGGGGGUCUGUAAACGCAGAAGGUGCACAUACCUAGAACAUAAUUAAUAAUCUAUAUCUCACUGUUUUUGUCAGUAACACAUGAUUGGGCUUGUGCUGGCUGAAGGGGCUGCUCGGGGGAAAUAGCUUUUGGGGGGAAGCAAAGGACAAGUCACUGCCUUCGAGAGACGAAGGUACCAUAAAAAUUCCACAAGGAGAAAACCAAAUGGAGAGUGCCAGACGAGGCGCCAUGCCUCUAUUUAGGCUUCGUGUCUGUGUCGGGCUCUGUGCAGGUCUCCUGUUUUUGUUUUCCUGCUCAGAUUUAACACAGACAAUAGAUGGUUGAAGUGCAAUGGCCAGGUUACAGUAAGAGCUACAGUGAUAGCUGGAGAGAGCUUCAGAUUGUAAUUACUUAUUAAUUUAUUUUUAAUACGUUUUACCGAAAACUAAAAAGGUGAAUCUACCUUUUAAUCAUUUUGAUAAUCAAUCAUCUUUAAUUUAAGUCUGUGCUGUCUUAUAAUCUACCAAGUAGACAAAUGAUUUAAAAAGAUACUUCAAUAAUACAUAUACAUUGUCUCUCGUCUAUAUUUAAAUUUGUUUAUAAAUGUAAGUGAAUUAAGUGAAAUUCAUAUCCUCUACCAAUUUGUAGCCCAAUGUUAAAUAUGAAUAGCUUCCAGUACAAAUACAAAUUACGACUUAUCAUCUGAAUUUUGUGGCUUUUUUACCUUUGAUAUUUCAAAUAAGUUGGCUUCUUUUUAUACAUUAAUCGUUUCGAAUAUUGCCCCUUUUAAUUCCUUUCAAAUGUCAUUUAUUUUGUUUCUUUAAACGGCACAGUGACUGUACGACUACUCUACGCUGAAUAGCUGCUAGAAAAUAAGUUUUAUGUUGUUCUCAAUUUUGUGUUGAUCACAAACGUGCACAUACAAAAAAAUGGAAUUUGAUAAGAUGUUGACUGUUUACAAGUCGAUAUGAAUGACGAUUUGCCUCGAUGGCGUAAUAAAGUCGGGUUACAUGUAAAAUGAUCACAACAUCUAAAGGUCUAUUGUUCGGAAUCGUAAAACAACCUAAAAUAAACAGUAAAGUGGUUUUACGUGUGUUCAUAUAUAGCCUAUAUUCAAAGUUAUCUAUUAUUCAAUGUGGCAAACACACAAAGGACUGUCCUUGAAUGGCAGUAUAUGUGUUAAUAUUCAACAUUGUGAUGUUUGCUUUGCCCAAAACAUUUAAUCAUUAGUCUUUUCCCACAUUAGUGGCUGUUCGUUUGUUUUCUGAUUAUAAGAAAGUGUGAAAAAGCGCAGACCUGUUUUGAAUGGGCUUUUAUUCUAUUAACUGCGCAGACUAUUUGCACCCAUCGCCUAUCAUAACAUGCAUAACACAUUCUGAUCGAAUUAUUUCUGUACACUAUCUUCGCAGAGAUUGCACUCUCAGCAUGUCACUUGUUGUAUUGUUUAGGAGCCCGUUGGUUUUUGCCGCAAUGGUCGUUAACCUCUGAAUGACCCCAUGUGGAGCCCACGCCUCAGAAACCACCGCAGACAGGCAGUGACACAGUUGAGCCAGAGGAUGGCGCACCACGACAAUCCAAAACACCCAAGCUGUGGCUCAGAGUUCGCCCUAGCCACGAGCGCAUGGAGGCGCGCCCCCUUCACAUCCCACCCAGUAUUUCCUCCGUGCACGAGUCUACCUCUGGAGGUCACCAAGCAGGAUUUACGACUGGUCAACAAAAGCACGUGAUACUCCGCCGUACCCCAUAUUUGGGUGCCUACGUAAGAGAGAAUCAAGUCCAUGUCCCACUCAUUUCCAUAAUUCAUCAUAAAUUGUGCAAGGGUGCUAUAGGACGCGCUAAACCAUAAGAGCCACAAAUCAAGCACAUAGGUUUUUGCUAUUUUACUUCUAAAACAAUAAAAACAACAACAAAUACCUACAACGAGCAAACGGUGGAAUUGUCAACAAAUGAGCUCCUAUUUUGUGAACUCAUUCUGCGGUCGCUAUCCCAAUGGCGCGGACUUCCAGUUACAUAAUUAUGGAGACCAUAAUACGGCAAACGAGCAAUACAGAGACUCAACCGCCGUGCAUUCCAGUAGGUAUGGCUAUGGCUACAACGGGAUGGACCUAACAGUCGGACGGACCGAUACCGGACACUUUGUAGGCAGCGAGCGGACACAGGGAUACUCCCCGAGUCACUCAGCGGCGACAACACCCUCGGUGGAGCCGGUCAGGUACACUCAGUCCGCCAACAGCACCAGGACAUCGUCUCUUUCGCCACCACCUGAACCACUACCGUGUUCCUCGGUCGCCACCUCAUCCCCGGUCACCGACACUCAAUCUCAACACCGAGCUGUGAAAAACUCUCUAACGACCCCGUGCUCGAACUCCAACGGAGGCACGCUGCUGCUCAGCCGGGACUGUGUGUCCAAAGCUUCGCCCCUCGAGGAAGAGAAGCCUGCAGGAAGCGCACCAACAACUCCUCAAAAUGUCACCGACUCAACACAGCCUCAGAUAUAUCCAUGGAUGAGAAAACUACAUAUAAAUCAUGAUUUGUCAGGGCCAGAGGGGAAGAGAGCCAGGACUGCGUACACCCGCUACCAGACCCUGGAGCUGGAAAAGGAGUUCCACUUCAACCGGUACCUGACCCGCAGGCGGAGGAUCGAGAUAGCCCAUGCCCUCUGCCUCUCGGAGAGACAGAUCAAAAUCUGGUUUCAGAACCGAAGGAUGAAAUGGAAGAAAGACAACAAGCUGAAGAGCAUGAACAUGGCGGCUGCAGGCGGGGGAGGCUACAGGCCUUGAUAUUCCCUCCUCCACCCCUGAUAGCGAGCACUAUGAAAAUAAAACAAAGAUUGUCAUAUCAACGUACUCCUCCUCCUAUGUCAAAAAUCGCAGAGACUUGUGAACGGGCUGUGUGCGGGACAGGGGACACCCCACUCAAGUCCACUGUAUGUUCAACAACCGUCCCAUUAUAUUCCUUAAUAUUAUUUACUUUUUAUUUCCACCAUGGUAAUGCUUAUGUGAUUAAAAAAAUGCAUUAUGUACAGUUCUGUCUAGAUUUAGUAGAAAAAGAAACGAAAUAAAUGUUUGUUUAAAUAAUUUCUUGUUCAGACGAAAAAAAAUAAAAACGUCAAAGCUUGAAAUGCUACCUAUACCGCAAAUAAAUCCAGUAAAAGUUGUGUAAUGCACUCAGAACAAUACCAGCCUAAGAAAUAGAGGGUUGAGGUUGAGCUGCCUUUGUGUUUAGCCUUCGUUUUCUAUGUAUGUACUGUAUAUGUAUGUAUUUAUUUGUUUGAUGUAAUGUAACAACUUGUCAGAUAACUUGCUUCCAAAAGUAGAGCCAGCAAAGUACGUAAGCCUUGUGUGGUUAUUGUGUGCGUUGUGAACACAUGAAUGGACAGAGGUGGCGACUCAGUCUUGAAUGUACAGUAGCCGUGCCUUGCAUCUUUGUUUUUGUUUUUUUAUUUGGCUGCUGUUUGCGUUGUUCACCUGGACAUCUUAGUAAAACCGUGUUUUGUCUUUGUUUUCUCUAGCUGUUUUUAUGUGGAGGGUCCCCACAGUAAAACCCAUUGCCUAUUUGUAUAACUCCAUCGUGAUAGCUUUUUGUAAAUGUUUUUCAAAGACUGGAAGUCAAGAAUAUACUAUAAUAUUAAUAAUGAUGAUGAUGACGGUGAUAAUGGCCAUUAUAAUAAACUUUCUACUGGAACGGCAACAUUACAAUGAGUGGACGUUUUUGUAAAAUGUUAAGGGUUUGUUUA